UCAGGGCCGAGUCAUUCUCCACGACCCACAAGAGAUCCGGUUCGAAGUGUUGAAGGUUUCCCGCUUUUUCACAAUGGCCCAGGGUGCAAUCAAGAAGGCCAACAAGGCCAGUAGUGCCAGGAAGCCCUCACAGACCGGCCCCAAGCGCGGCUCGCGCGUAAUCAAGCCGAAGAAAGCGUCCUUGAUCUCUCAGCAAAAAAUCAAGAAGAAGGUCGCCGCGGGUCUGACUGCGAAGACGGAGAAGUUGCUGGGAGAGAAGGCGGGACAUCUGGAGAUGUUGAGGGGCGGGAAGAAGGAGAAGAAGGAGGAGAAGAAGGGUGCGAAGAAGGGAUGAGCGUCCUGUGGAGGGAAACAAGAUCUUCAAAAAGUUACAGCUACCAGCUGUGCCAUCGGCAUGUGAGAAGGGCUUGGGCGUCGGAUGGACUGUCCUGGCAAAGCGCAUUGCUAUGAUGCGACCUCUGCUAAGAGAGGAUAAGAGCAUACUCCGACGAUCAGGUAUGUGGUCAAGGAGAACGACAGGAUUUGAGGUUGGGGAUAAAUCGGGGAAUGGUGCUGAAUUGUCAGGGGCACAGCGCGCUGCAGUACCUGGUAACCGCAGAGUCGGAACGUGCACAGCGGACUGUAAGAGACUUGAAAAGCAGAACCUCAAUCUUAUGAUCGGGAGAUGCUGCCGUAAAUUCAUCAUGUUGCAGAGGCGUGAAGCCUACAAUAGCACUGGACAUCCACACAAUGAGAUAUCCCUGGGUUGAU